GACGUAUAAAAUUCUUCGAUUGUAGUUGAAAUCAACCCCUCCAUAACCAUCCUUCCAUCAAAGCUACUCUCACUUCCCUCCAGUCUCGCUCUCUCUCUCUCUCCCCUCAUCACCGACGUUGGAUUGGCUGCCAUUUUCAAUCCUUUGAGGUUUUAUUCAUUUUCUCUCCUCUUUUUGAGCUUUUAUGAAUAAAUAUCUCAUUUUGUUAGUCAGAUUUGAUUUUAUUUUCAGAAAUUAAGAUCUACCCAUUAAUCAUAAUGUUGUUUCUUCUCAAUUAGAGCAAGAAUUACCAGCUGGGUCUUUCAAAUUUUGUAGAAAUUAGUGUUCUUUUCACCCAUAUUUUAGGUGAAUUUUUUUGUGACAAUGAUUCCUAUCAAAUUGGAGGUUGCAAAGCAACAGUAUGCUACUAGCAGUCUUGUAAUUGGGUAUGCUCUUUGUUCAAGUUUACUAGCUGUGAUCAACAAGUAUGCAAUUACUCAAUUUAAUUACCCUGGAUUGUUGACUGCUUUGCAAUAUUUAACCUCUGCUUUAGGGGUUUGGAUUUUGGGGAAACUAGGGUUUUUGCAUCAUGAUCCCUUUAAUGUAGACAUUGCCAAGAAAUUUUUGCCUGCUGCAUUUGUGUUCUUCCUUGCCAUUUUCACAAACACGAACCUCCUUCGCCACGCCAAUGUCGAUACGUUUAUCGUGUUUCGAUCUUGUACUCCCCUGUUGGUUGCCCUUGCUGAUACAACCUUUAGGAGGCAACCAUUGCCAUCUAAGCUGACUUUUGUGUCAUUACUGGUGAUUUUGGGUGGUGCUGUUGGUUAUGUUGCUACUGAUUCGGGGUUUACAUUGACUGCUUACUCGUGGGCGGUUGUGUAUUUGGUGACCAUUACCACUGAGAUGGUUUACAUUAAGCAUAUGGUGACUAAUCUUGGAUUGAACACUUGGGGUUUCGUGUUCUAUAACAAUGUGUUGUCAUUGAUGAUGGCGCCUGUGCUUUGGAUCAUCACAGGGGAGUAUUCCGAGGUUUUCGAUGCCUGGAAUUCGAGUGGAGGGGAUUGGUUCAAUAGAACUGCGUUCUUUGCUGUUGCACUGUCCUGUGUGUUUGGGUUGUUGAUUAGCUUCUUUGGGUUUGCUGCUAGAAAGGCAAUUUCUGCUACUGCUUUCACUGUUACAGGGGUGGUGAAUAAGUUUCUCACUGUGUCCAUCAAUGUGAUAAUCUGGGAUAAGCAUGCUAGCCCUUUCGGGUUGGUUUGCUUGCUCUUUACAAUUGCUGGCGGCGUGUUCUACCAGCAAUCGGUUACUGGCGCUCCAUCACAGCGUGAGUCUGCCAUUUCCAAGCAGAGUGAUAAUGACAGUGAUGCUGAGAAGUUUAUAAAGGAUGAAGAGAAAGGCAUCUCAGGCAAGAUCUGAAGUGUAUGAUGUGGUUUUGUUGCUUCGUCAUGAAAGAAGAUGUCAUACUCCGACUUUAUUCUAAAAGGAGAUGGAGAGAAAGAGCGGGAAGGGAAAUGAAGGGGAGCAAGCUACCUUAAUUGGAUAAAAGAUUGGAUGUAGGAAGGGGAGGGAGAGGGAUGGAUCCAUUUUCCCUCUCUUUAUCCUCCAAAACUUUAGGGAAAAUGGAGCUCACCUCUCCCCUCUUUUUCUUCCCCUCCCCUGCCUCCUCUUUCUAUCCCCUUCAUUUCCCUUUUAUCUCGCUAUCCAAACACACAGUUAAUGAUUUAUUUGGUACACAAUAUUUAAUGAUGGCGAGGCGGUAAUAUGUAAUCUUCUCGGCUUAAACUGUGAAAAGGUCAUAGCUAUUUCCCGUUUGUCAAGUCAUAUAUGUCGUGGCUGCAAUCAUACAAUUCGGCAUUUGCGCAUUGCGCCUAGGCAUACUGCGGUGUUUUUUCUAAUGUUGUUAUGAACAGAGUCAUCUUUGCAUAGCUUAGCAGUUAUUCAUGUACUUGGAAUGCUGAUGUUAUCUUAUGAAUUGAAUGUUGUACCAAAAUCUGAAGUAAACAAGAUGAGUACCCAUCUUUACCUUGGAUAGCUGAUUUCUUGUAGUAUAAACAUCACCUCUGCAGAAAGCUAUUGCAGUGUCCAACUUUUGGGCUGAUUUCCUUUA